AUGAGGCGAGUUAUGCGUGCCCGAAAGGUGUUGCCAUCAAUCAGCGAACACGGGAGCGCCUCUAUAGCAGCUGGGGCAGCAGCAGCAGUAGGGCCAGCGCCAAUGGCUCCCGGGGGCUCGCCACGCGUUGUACCGGAGACAUCACUGGCACCGCUCGAAUGGGACGUGUUCUUCGACAAGAAGCUCGACGUGAGCAUCAGCGAACAGGACGUCUUCUGUGUGUAUACGAAAGGAGAUGCUGGUCCGAUGUUCUUCUUGCUACACGGUGGCGGAUAUUCCGGGCUUACUUGGGCAUGCCUCACGGUACGUCCCCUUUACAUCAUUCCUCUCCUUACACUAUCUAUGUUUAUGUAUCUAUGGAUUUGUUUUUAUUUCUGCAUCUGUUUCUAGGG